UAUGGGUAGCGAGCAAACUGCGUUCGUCCAACGGAUGCACGCGGAUGGGAAAAUAGCGGCGUAGGGCGUUACGAUACGUUGCGUCAUACCCCGGAUGGUUUUCCGGAUAGGGCAGUAAUUUGGCGGCGCGGCGCAAGCGCCGCAAGCGCCGCAAGGCAGGUCCUGACGAACUGCAAGAACUCGGAGUAGUCGUAAGACGAACGUCAAACUGACCAGUUGGUGACGCUCUGCAAGCUCUGAAGUACCUUCGCUAUCCCUCUAGCUUCCAGAGAUAGCUUGGGAAGUCGAAGCAACAGGACGAAGUCCAAACAGACGACAGUCUGUACAGACAUACAACGCAAACUUCUUUGCUUCAGAAGACUAUCAACAAGGUUUGCGAAGCGGGAACGUCGAACAGUUGGGGCAGGUGGUGGAAUCGUGAAAUCGAAGGUUCUCAUACCCAGAGGAGAGUAGCCGUCUACAAGGGGGGUGAUUUCGAUACUGCGGACUACCAACUACGCAAGUAUGAACAGCACGGACGUAAUCACCGUGGAAAACACCCUCCCUAUGGGACAGAGCACUGUCACCACGGAAUACGACGAAGUGUUCGACAGUUUCCCCGGAAGAUAUUCGCCCUACACGCCACUGCAGGCAAUAUUUCUGAUCAUGGUCCUUAGUACCAUCAUAUUAGCGACUGUGAUUGGAAACGUUCUAGUCUGCGUGGCUGUGUUCCUCGUUAAAAGGUUGCGAAAGCCGUGGAACUUUCUGCUGGUUAGCCUUGCCGUUAGUGAUCUCUGCGUCGCUCUUUUGGUAAUGCCGACAGCGUUGAUCUACGAGAUCUCUGGCGAAUGGCCCUACGGACCAGCUAUGUGUGACUUUUGGGUUAGCUUCGAUGUGCUUAGUUGCACGGCUAGCAUCCUGAACCUCUGCAUGAUCGCAGUGGACCGGUUCUUUGCUAUAACGAAGCCACUGCAGUACGAGACGAAAAGAACACCGCGUCGAAUGGUUCUUUAUAUUAGUCUUGUUUGGUUUGGAGCUGCCUGUAUUAGUUUGCCACCAUUAUUAGUUAUGGGUAACGAGUACACUGAUCCCCAGGAUGGACCUACACAUUGCACUAUUUGUCAGAACUUCUUUUAUCAAAUUUUCGCUACGCUUGGCAGCUUCUAUCUACCUUUGGGGAUCAUGAUUCAAGUAUACUACAAAAUAUUCUGUGCCGCACGUAGAUUAGUUGUAGAAGAACAGAGAUCACAAGUUCACACUCCUUAUCAACCUCGCGAAGAUUUUGACGAUGAGUCGGGACCUUCUGUUUUGAGCCGCUCAGUAAUUCCCAACGUGGAGCUGGAAGAUUCGCCAGUGGAACAGCACUCCGAAAAGGCCUCAAUGACUGUACAAUUCAUCCGUGGAACUGAUGACGCUGAUGAGGCGAGUGAGGUAAGUUACUUUCUUACUAUCAAUCUACCACACACAAAUUCACACAAAUCCGCUAGUAAAUAUUCAGAUAAUUUAUCGAAGAGUCGCUGUCCUUCAGAGCUUUUCAUCCGGUGCAAAGGGAUAAACUUGACACGAGAAAAAUAA